AUGGGCGUUGUAGUUACAGCUACCAGCGUUCUAAAUAGUGCAAAAACAGCUGCCCCCAGAGACCCUACAGGGCUGGCACUCCUAGAGACUCUCCCAGGUACAGCACGGAACCUCAUAGGAGUGGCCGGAGCCCUUGGGACUCUCCGAGGGGCAAUGGAGUCCCCAGGGACCCACCCAGAGGCAACGAGGGCCCCUGGGACCCACCCAGGUAAGGUGGUGCCCUCUGAGAACCUCCCAGGUGAUAAUACUGGAAAUGUGAUGAUGGGCGUUGUAGUUGCAGCUCUCAGCGUUCUAAAUAGUGGAAAAACAACUGCCCCCAGAGACCCUACAGGGCUGGCGCUACCAGGGCCUACCUCAUUUGCGGAAGGGAACCUCCUAGGCGUGGCUGGGUCACUUAGGACCUUUCCAGGGGCAGUGGAAUCCCCAGGGACCCACCCAGAGGCAGCAGGAGCCCCUGGGACCCAACCAGUCGGUGAUAAUACUGGAAAUGUGAUGAUGGGCGUUGUAGUUGCAGCUACCAGCGUUCUAAAUAGUGCAAAAACAGCUGCCCCCAGAGAACCUACAGGGCUGGCGCUACCAGGGCUUAUCUCAUUUGCUGCAGGGAACCUCCUAGGCGUGGCUGGGUCACUUAGGACCUUUCCAGGGGCAGUGGAGGGUCCAGGGACUCACCCAGAGGCAGCCGGGGCCCCUUGGACCCACCCAGGGCUGGCACUCCUAGAUACCCUCCCAGGUGCAGCAGGGAACCUCCUAGGCGUGGCCGGGGCCCUUGGGACCCUCCCAGGGGCAGUGGAAUCCCCAGGGACCCACCCAGAGGGAGCAGGGGCCCCUGGGACCCACCCAGGGCUGGCACUCCUAGAGACCCUCCCAGGUGCAGCAGGGAACCUCCUAGGCGUGGCCGGGGCCCUUGGGACCCUCCCAGGGCAGUGGAAUCCCCAGGGACCCACCCAGAGGGAUAGGGGGGCCCUGGGGACCCACCUGCUGCAAGGUGGUUCCCCUGACACCCUCCCAGGUGCGUUGGGGACCUCUACCGGGGGCGGAAAUCCAUUUUACCUGAGGGAUGGCAGCGCCUCCUGGAACCCUCCCACGGAUGGCGUGGACCCCAGGAACCCUCCUACGGGAGGCAGGGCCCAUGCAACCCUUCCAGAAGCGUCGGGUGUACCAGGGACCUUCUCAGGGGUUGGUGGGGGCCCCUGGUACCUUCCCAGGUGUGUUGGUGCCCCUAGGGAUCCUCCCUGGAUAGUCGGUGAUAAUACUGGAAAUGUGAUGAUGGGCGUUGUAGUUGCAGCUACCAGCGUUCUAAAUAGUGCAAAAACAGCUGCCCCCAGAGAACCUACAGGGCUGGCUCUACCAGGGCCUAUCUCACUUGCUGCAGGGAACCUCCUAGGCGUGGCUGGGUCACUUAGGACCUUUCCAGGGGCAGUGGAAUCCCCAGGGACCAACCCAGAGGCAGCAGGGGCCCCUGGGACCCAACCAGGUAAGAUGGUGCCGUCUGAGUCCCUCCGAGGUGCGUUGGAGACCCUCCCAGGGGCGGCUGCGACCCAUUUUACCCAUCGAGGGACGGCAACGCUCCUUGGAAUCCUCCUACGGACGGCGGGGGCCCCAGGAACCAUCCUAGGGGCGGCAGGACCCGUGAAACCCUCUCAGAAGCGUUGGGUGUACCAGGGACCUUCCCAGGGGUUACUGGGUGCCCCUGGUACCUUCCCAGGGCUGGCACUCCUAGAUACCCUCCCAGGUGCAGCAGGGAACCUCCUAGGCGUGGCCGGGGCCCUUGGGACCCUCCCAGGGGCAGUGGAAUCUCCAGGGACCCACCCAGAGGGAGCAGGGGCCCCUGGGACCCACCCAGGUAAGGUGGUGCCCUCUGAGACUCUCCCAGGUGCGUUGGGGACCCUACCGGGGGCGGGUGGGACCCAUUUUACCCUCCGAGGGAUGCCAGCGCCUCCUGGAACCCUCCCACGGAUGGCGUGGACCCCAGGAACCCUCCUACGGGAGGCAGGGCCCAUGCAACCCUUCCAGAAGCGUCGGGUGUACCAGGGACCUUCCCAGGGGUUGGUGGGGGCCCCUGGUACCUUCCCAGGUGUGUUGGUGCCCCUAGGGAUCCUCCCUGGAUAG